AUGACAAAAACGAUUAGCUUAGGAAGAUACUUAUUCGAGAGAAUACGUCAAGAUCCGCUCUCUACUCGUUCUGUGUUUGGUGUUCCUGGUGACUUUAAUCUUACCUUAUUGGACAAAAUUGAUGAGGUUGAUGGGCUCACUUGGAAGGGAAAUGCUAACGAAUUGAAUGCUGCUUACUCUGCUGAUGGUUACAGUAGAGUUAAAUCUGGUUUUGAAGCAGAAACAGGGGGAUUUGCUACUUUGAUCACAACUUUUGGUGUUGGUGAAUUAUCUGCUCUCAACGGAAUUGCAGGAAGUUAUGCGGAGCAUGUGGGAUUGUUACAUGUAGUUGGUAUUCCUUCAGUCGCUUCACAACAAAAGCAAUUGAUGUUGCACCACACAUUAGGUAAUGGCGAUUUCACUGUUUUCGCAAGAAUGUCCGCCAUGAUUACUUAUACUACUGGUGUUAUCAGAGAUGCUGCCAAUGCCACUGCAGAGAUUGACCGUUGUAUCAGAGCUGCUUACAUUAAUCAGAGGCCUACAUAUUUAGCUUUUCCAGCAAACAUGGUCGACGUUCAAGUCCCAGCAGAGUUGUUGGAUACUCCUCUUGACUUAGAAGUUCCUUCAAAUGACAAAGAUGCCGAGGAGGAGGUUCUUGAUAGAGUUACAAGUAUGAUAGCUAAAGCUAAGAACCCAACUAUCAUAAUCGAUGCUUGUUGUGCUAGGCACAAUGCAACUCAGGAGGCAAUUGACUUGAUCAACCUCACAAAGUUCAAGUUUGCAAUUACUCCUAUGGCGAAGGGAGUAAAGUUUAUAGAUGAAGAACAUGAAAGAUACACGGGUGUUUAUGUUGGCUCAUUAUCAUAUCCUCAUGUCAAGAGUUCAGUUGAAGAAUCUGACUUGAUUAUUUCAUUAGGUGCAAUGCUUUCCGAUUUUAACACCGGCUCCUUUAGUUAUUCUUUCCAAACUAAGAAUGUUAUUGAAUUUCACUCUGAUUAUACAAAGAUCAAAUUGGCUAACUAUCCUGAGGUGAGAAUGAAGGAGGCAUUGAGAGGGCUUAUCAAGUCGCCUAAAUUGAAAAGCGCUUUGAAAGAUUUCAAGCCAGAGAAAGUACUCAAGGAUCCAUUCGUAGAAGAAAAACAAGUAAGCAGUGGGCCCAUCACUCAAAAAUGGUUGUGGACAAGACUUUCUUCAUGGUUGAGAGAGGGUGAUGUUGUUCUUAGUGAAACUGGAACUUCAUCUUUCGGUAUAAUUCAAACGAAAUUUCCUAAAAAUACAAUUGGAAUUAAUCAAGUAUUGUGGGGCUCAAUUGGAUACUCAGUAGGUGCAGCAUUUGGUGCUGUGACUGCUGCUGAAGAGUUGGAUCCAAAUAGAAGAGUCAUUUUAUUUGUCGGUGAUGGUUCUUUACAAUUAACUGUUCAAGAGAUCUCGUCAAUGUUAAGACAUAAAAACAAUAUAUAUGUAUUUGUUCUUAACAAUAGUGGUUAUACUAUCGAAAGGUUGAUUCAUGGCAGGACUGCAGAAUAUAAUGAUAUUCAACCAUGGGAUCACUUAAAACUCUUGGAAACCUUCAAGGGUGAAAACUACGAAACUUUAAGAGUUUCAACCGUAAAUGACCUUAAUAAAAUAUUCGACGACGAGAAGUUUGCCAAGAAUAACAAAACAAGAUUAAUUGAAAUCAUGCUAGGCGAAUUUGAUUCGCCAGAAAAUUUGAUCAAACAAGCAGACUUACUGGCCAGUAUAAAUAAAGGUAAUUAA